CGAAGAUGCACAUGCGAUUAGCACAAGUGGGAAUCAUUAUUUCCUUUUUUUUUAACUUUUGCAUGAUGUACAGAAAUAGGAACUACACAGCUAUGCAGAGUUAAGGUUGAUGGGAAAGCACCAUCUGCAACACCUCGCAUCGUUUAUUUUUCUUCCUUUACAAACUGAUCAUUUUAGGGUAGACGUGUCGUGAGAGGGAGUACGUCAAGAGGGUUGACAUUUUAAUGAGAUGCGCUUUAGAACAUCUUCCUUUUGAGGGCGCGGGAAAACGGAGCGUCUACGAGGGCAGAUUAGCCAACGGCGCGCGGCAUUCCCAGGCGCCAUUCGUGUGUGUAGCUCUUACACACAUUUAUGUGCACACAUUUAAGUGAACGCUUUUAUGCCUGCCCCCCCCCGCCGAGAUGCUGGACACUGUCGGCGAAGAAGCUUCCACCCUGGUGAUGGACGAACUUACGGACAUAUGCGAAAACAGCAGUGGUGAAGAAGCAAGUGUAGUCUACAUAAAGGGUUCCAAUCAGUUUGUAAAAAAAGUGGAGUAUGAAGAAGAUGAAACCAUUCGGGAAGUCCUCACGCGCAAUGGGAUCCUUAAUGAACAGGAUGGUUUUCUCUACCAAAUUAGAAGCCAACUAAUGGACCUCGACAAAACCUUUGCACAUUAUAAAAUUUGUUCAGGUGAAAUUAUUUACAUUUUGCCGGAACCCGCCCCUCUGCCUUAUUUGAUUUACCUCUUCCAUCAGAAGUCCGGGAAGGUGCACUGCAUCGAACUCAGCCACAUGGAUUCAGUCGACCUGCUGCACAAGCAAGUGGAGAAAUUUUUGCAAAUAAAAGAAGAGAACCAGAUACUCAUUUACGGUGGCAAGUGCCUGAACAACACCAAGACGUUAAAGGAGGAGAAGAUGUGCAGGGAGAGCCUGGUCACCAUACUGGACAAAAGGGACAUACCCGAGAUUGAAUCUGGGGCCGAUGGGGUGUGA